UCCCAAACAUCAUUAUCCAGGAGAAAAAAACAUCAUUAUCCAGGAGAGAGAGAGAAUGAUUUUACACGUGUCAGAAGAGUAGUGCUUGCAAGCGGGAAAAGUCAAAAAGCAUGCUUCAUUAGUAUCCCUCUGCUCCCCAAAGGUUUUGCUUUGUGUUGUUCUGUCAUUUGUGUUGUUCUUAUUUUUCUUGUUCAGAAAAGAAAAGAUCAUAGGAUGGCAAGCCAACCAGCAAAGGAGCAACAAUCGAUCUACAACUUCACUGUCAAGGAUGCUAAGGGAAAUGAUGUAGAUCUUAGCACUUACAAGGGAAAGGUCCUCCUGAUAGUCAAUGUUGCCUCCAAAUGUGGCAUGACCAACUCAAAUUACACAGAGUUGAAUCAACUAUAUGAAAAGUAUAAAGAACAAGGCCUGGAGAUACUGGUGUUUCCAUGCAAUCAGUUUGGUGAGGAGGAACCAGGAAGCAAUGAUCAGAUUGUGGAGUUUGUCUGCACUCGCUUCAAAUCGGAAUUUCCUAUCUUUGACAAGAUUGAAGUGAAUGGUGAGAAUACUGCUCCAGUGUACAAGUUCUUGAAGUCUGGUAAAUGGGGGAUAAUUGGGGAUGAUAUCCAAUGGAACUUUGCCAAGUUUCUAGUUGACAAGGAUGGGCAAGCUGUUGAUCGUUAUUAUCCCACAACUUCUCCUCUUACCAUUGAGCAUGACAUCAAAAAGCUUCUGGGAGUGAGUGAAUGAAUGCUAUUUGGGAGGGGACAUCCUAAGUUUGAAGCCUUUGAUGUGAACUUGGCUUUUGUGUUUGUGACUUUGUGCUUUUGUGUUUGUGCGCCUUACUGACUCGUUAGAUUUGUAUAAUAGAAUAUUAUGUGUGACUAUGAUGCGUAUUUUCCUUCAUGUCUGUUAGUUUUAGUUGGUUUGGAGUUGUUGCAAUCUGAACAAAAUCCUUUUCUAUGUAUUGAUGCCGUUUAUCAGUUUUUAUUUU